AAGUGUGUGGCUUUUUAAUAUGUAUACUUUAAAUAUUGAAACGACAUUCAGAUGAGAAACUUUCCAUACAUAUACUAAUUCUUACAUAGAGUACUACCGGAGAAUGGAAUCUGCAACUGUGAAGAGGAAACUGUAAAUCUGAACAGGGUAAAUGCAGGGGAUUGCGAAAAUCGAAAUAAAAAAUAAUAAAAAAAAACGAUUCAACUGGUCGUUUCGACAGCAGUCAUAAUAUUAUUAUUAUAAAAUUGAGUUAUUUAUUUAUCCUUAAUAUUAAAACAAUUGUGUUAGUUUACUGACUUAAGAAUGUGCAAAUGACUGCCACGCUAUUUUACAUAAACACGGUGUCGUUAACAUGGCGGCGGAGUACAGUCUUUCCUCUCUCUUAUCCAUUCAGACUCAGCUGGAUCACUCCCUGCAGGACGUGGUCUCCACUGAACAAAAAGAGAAACUUGUUUACGAGUAUCUGAAAAAGCUUGACGGCAGGGAACAGGACUUGAAGAUACCUGAAUUUGAAGACGGAUUAGAAUGGCUGAACAUCAAGAGCCCGGUGUCGCUGUCAAAACACCUUUCAGGCAAAGUGGUUGUGCUGGAUUUUUUCACCUAUUGCUGCAUCAAUUGUGUGCAUCUGCUUCCUGACCUUCACGAACUGGAGCAUGAGCAUUCUGAUAAAGAUGGACUGGUUGUUGUUGGCGUUCAUUCUGCUAAAUUCCCGAAUGAGAAGGUCUUGGAGAACAUUAAAAGUGCCGUCCUUCGUUACAACAUUACUCACCCCGUGGUCAAUGAUGCUGAUGCUAAGCUUUGGCAGGCACUUGAAGUAUCCUGCUGGCCAACGCUGAUCAUCCUGGGGCCACGGGGAAACAUGCUCUUCUCUCUGGUUGGAGAGGGGAACAAAGAGAAGUUAUUUUUAUUUACUGCAGCUGCCUUAAAGUUCUACAAAGGGAAAGGCGAAGUGAAAAAUAACAGCAUAGGUAUCAAGCUGUACAGGGACUCCCUCCCUCCCUCCAUACUGUCAUUUCCCAGUAAAGUAACAACUGACAGCACUGGAAAUAGACUGGUGAUCGCAGACACUGGGCAUCACCGGAUUCUAGUUGUCAGGAAAAAUGGACUACUGCUUCACUCUAUUGGAGGACCUAAAAGUGGAUGGAAAGAUGGAAGCUUUGCCGAGUCAGCUUUCCACUCCCCUCAAGGAGUGGCAAUGAGGAACGACACUAUCUAUGUUGCCGAUACAGACAACCACCUGAUACGAAAGAUCGAUCUGUUGGAGGAAAAGGUCAGCACCGUAGCUGGCAUUGGAAGCCAAGGCACGGACAAAGAAGGUGGAGCAACGGGGCUGCAGCAGCAAAUCAGCUCCCCAUGGGACCUCGCUCUGGGCACUGCAGGCAGUAAUGAGGACAAUGUUCUGUGGAUUGCAAUGGCUGGUACUCAUCAGAUCUGGGCUCUGUUCCUUGAGGAUGGAAGCCUUCCAAAAGGAAGUGUGGCAAAGAAAGGGACCUGCAUUCGGUUUGCAGGCAGUGGGAAUGAAGAAAAUCGCAACAAUUCCUAUCCUCAUAAAGCAGGCUUUGCUCAGCCCUCCGGCCUGUCCCUAGCCCGAGAAGAGCCCUGGAGCUGUGUCUUCAUAGCGGACUCUGAGAGCAGCACUGUGCGGACAGUGUCUCUGAAGGAUGGAGCAGUGAAGCAUCUUGUAGGGGGAGAGAGAGAUCCGCUGAAUUUAUUCGCAUUUGGUGAUGUGGAUGGAGCAGGGAUAAAUGCAAAGUUACAGCACCCACUGGCUGUAGCUUGGAACAAGCAGAAAGGUUUGCUUUAUGUAGCAGACUCCUACAACCACAAGAUUAAAGUUGUAGAACCUAAAACAAAACAGUGUUGCACGAUAGCAGGCACUGGAGAAGCCAGCAAUGCGCUGGGGCCAGCCUUCACUGAGUCUGCCUUCAACGAGCCAGGUGGGCUUGCUGUUGGAGAGAAUGGGAGGGUUCUGUAUGUAGCAGACAGCAACAACCAUCACAUUAAAGUUCUGGAUUUAGAGACCCAAACGGUGUCUGUGCUUCCUGUUACCAUUGAAGAUGCAGUUGUUGAAUUAGACAGUUCGUUUGCAGCUCAAAGAAAGCUCCCCAAGCUGCCCAGGUCCUCUCCCCAGGUUCUGAUGUCCCCUGUAACAGUGUCCCCAGGGCAGGUUCUUCAGCUUGAAAUUGCCGUGACACUACCAGGAGGGGCACAACUGACGGAAGGGGCACCCAGUUACUGGGCUCUCGCAGCAGCAGAAGGCAGUGAAUGGUUUCUUCAAGGACAGUGUGUGUACGGUGACAUUGUGGACCUUUCGAGGCCACAAGUAAUAUGUGUAACUGUCCCAGCAAGCACACAAACACCAGGCGCUGUGCUUUCUGUCGAUGUGUGCCUCUAUUUCUGCAGCAAGGACGACAGUGCCUGCAUGAUGAAGGCGGUCUCCUUCACGCAGCCUACGCAGAUAGCUAAAACUAACCAAGUUAGCAGUGCCAAGGUGCUGCUCAGACAUCACUUUUAACUGUUUCUGCUCUGGACAGGGUCUCUGAGGUGCUUUAUACUGUUUUUAACCAAGGUGCUAGUCUGUUGUAUGACAGUCAAAAGUACAAGAUCGUGAUGGUCCACACAGCUGGUGCUUAACAGUGCAGACCACUCAAAGCCAUUAGUCUUAAUUAUGUUUUUCAUUCCAGUUUUCACUGCUGCUGUUUUUCAUGUCAUGCCUUUCUGGUUUCAUUAAAACCUCUGUCAUUUUCAUGCUUAUCACUGGUGAGAGAGAACAUUUUCCAAAUAUGCUGGAUUUAGAGUUUCAGUUUGUUGGGGGUUUUUUUUGUUUUGUUUUUUUAUUUAAAAUGAGCAGCAGAACCAAAAAACACAGAUGAGAAAUCAGGACGCUAUGGGCCUCAUUCACAAAGUUAACUCCUGAAUUAAGUGAUAUUUCAUAAUAAAAUUAAAGUUUCAUACAUAAUUAACUUUUAAUAGUGUUGUUAAAGAAUCCAAACACUGUUUAAUUAUUAUGACCAUAAAAACACUGGAAAUAAACAGGCAUUAAAUAGCUGAGUAAAGUCUUUGUGAAAGCACCCUGUAGCGUGUGUCAAUUAAAGGGGAUGCAGAAUAGAAAAGCUGCAGUGUUUGCACUAUUCUUAUUUUUGUAUAACAAUUCUGUAUAAAGUUACAUAUGUGAACGAUUUAAUUAUUUAUAUAAAAGUUUUUUGUACUAAAAUGUGGGUGUGUGUGUGUGUGUG